AUGGCUCAAGCAACGAGUUCGUCUACCACCCUGAACGAUGGAAAGCAUGAUGACCAUCGCAAUCAGUCGAACUUGAAGUCUGACGCGGACCUUCCUAUAGAUCCCUCAAUUGCGGCCUCGAGCCCGACUUACCCUCCGCCGUACUCUCCCUACCAGCCCCAGGGUCACGACAUGGCCCAAUACCAGGGCCAUCCUCCCCCGCAGAUGUAUGCGCGUCCAGAAUGGUCGCAUGGAUACCCGCAUCAGCAACACGGGUUGCCGGGUCCAUAUAAUUCCCCUGCCCCAACGGUUGGUUCUGCCUCCCCUGCUGCGACCGCAGGGCCGCGCCCUGGUCAGGUUUACUCAUUCGUUCCUAUUCCCGGUGCCCAGCAACACAAGCGCCCACGUCGUCGUUAUGAGGAAAUUGAGCGUAUGUACAAAUGUGGUUGGAAUGGUUGUGAGAAAGCCUAUGGAACAUUGAAUCAUUUGAAUGCCCAUGUUACUAUGCAGUCGCAUGGCGCCAAACGCACCCCAGAAGAAUUCAAGGAGAUCCGCAAGGAAUGGAAAGCCCGUAAGAAGGAGGAAGAGCAACAGCGCAAGGCCGCCGAGGAACGUGAGCGCCAGGUUGCUGCCCAGGCCCAGCAGGGUCAAGUUGAGGGUGGUGCCCCAGCCGACCCUUCACAGGCUGGUCAACCCCCUGCCUAUGCCGGAGGUGGACGACCCCAGCUGCCCCCAAUUGGAUAUCAGCCUGCCGAGAGCCAAGUUCCUGGUCAGUACGCUGGUGGUGGUGCCGGUGGAAUGGUCUACCCCCAGGGUAACGGCCAAAUGUACACCAACUACCCGCACUCGCCUUACGCCCAAAACCAACAGGUGUACCAGCAACGUAAGUAG